AUGGGGAACGUCAGGACCAGCCCAGUCUCUAUGCCAGCGAAUGGGGAUGACACCAACACCAGCUCUGACCCCUCUCUGAGAAGUAAGUCUCUCUGGUUAAGGAAGCCUGUAUUUAGGUAAUUAUUGUUUUGUUAAUGAAAGGAUCCUGUUAAAGGGGCAAAAUAAAUAAAAAUUAUUCAAGAAUGGCUAUAUAUUAAUUCAUUUAAAAGUUCAGAAUCGCAGAUUGCCUCUUUAAUGGGCAAUAGUUAAUUUAAUGUACUUGUUAAGUAAGGGUGGACUGACUUGGUAGACUGACACUGUUUUCAUAAGCUGUACUGGCCCUGUCAUGCUCUGUGCAUGUGUAAACAUUUGCAUAAUGUCACCCAAAAUAAAUAAGGCUCCUCUCAUGCAAACUGUAGCCAAACUACCGCAAGCUUAUAAAUGAAGAAAAUAAUUUAGAAUUAGGUCAAAUGAUCACCACGCAAUAUUUGCUAUAUUUUGUUUACCAAUUAAAUUGUUGGGAGUAUAUUGUUGGGAGUAUAUAUACAGUGUAGAACUUUCUGUUGUAGACAGUUUACUAUUCAGUUCGUCAGCACCUCUAACAACAUGCUUUUUAAUGGACCAUGAUGUAAUAUAAAACAUAUUUCUUCAUUAAAUUAAAUUCUGAACAGUAUCCUACUUCCCUACUCCCUGACUUGUAACAACAUGUACUCCUAUGUAAAAACAAACAUACAAAAACAAUUUUUUUUUAAAUGUUUUUGUAACAGCAUCAGUGUGUGAGCGUUUAGCGUCUUGAAAUGACCGCGCAAGAGCUGCUGACUGAAUGGAAAAAUAAUAUAAUCUUCAUGUGAUAUGGACGACCUGAUAACACGUCUGCUUUCGCUAGUUAUUGGGAGAUACUGUACAGAUGUACUCUCUUAAUUUGAUCACUCUGUUGUCGCAGAGAAUUUUCCUUUGCAGAAGGAAAUACUAAUUGUUGUGUAUUCUAAGUUUUAAAAAUGCUUCUUCGUUUGUAAUUUCCAUUUUAAAAUGUCAGACUUGAUUUUUCCUAACUAAAAAGGUAUCAACCCCUACAAAAAUGUCCAUUAAUUAUAAUCCACACAAUAAUUUACAUUUCCUGUUGCUGAAGGAUUAUUUUCCUGCUGUGAGAAACUGGUCAAAUUAAGAUAGUACACCAGUACAUGGCGUUUUCCCAUUGGUUACAUCAGCUAUGACGAUGAACUACAGUCACCUCGUACAUUAUGCACUCCACAGUAAAUAACCAUUAGAGGUUCUCACCCCCUUACAUAGAUUUACACAGUAAUUAUGACAACUUCCGGAGGACGUCCUCCAACCUAUCAGAGCUCUUGCAGCAUGAACUGACAUGUUGUCCACCCAAUCAAAGGAUCAGAGAAUGAAUCUAGUACUGAAAGCAUAAGCUACCGCUAGCUAGCACUGCAGUGCAUAACAUGUGGUGAGUAGCUGACUCAAAGAGAGAGAAAGACAAUAGUUGAACAGUGUUGAACAAAUUAAUUUAUUCAAAAAUUAAUCAAGCGAGAGAGCUAGCUAUAUUUUUUUGUAGUAUGUUUUUCACUUUCACUUCCUUAGCUAGCGAAUGCAGCUAGCUAGUUUAUCCUACUCAAACACCCGGCUCAAACAGAGAUUAUGCUAUGUUAGCUAGCUGGCAGUGGCUAUCCAACACUGGAACUCUUCCAAGUCAAGGUAAGCUUUUGGUUUUAUUAAUUUAUUGCCAAAUAAGGCCAUGCUCAUUAAAUAAAAACGUUGUCCUCCCUCUGCUUAAAUAACCACCACUAGUUCCCGCUGGGCCAGACUGGCACAGGAGGGGACUGUUUUUCACACUGACCACUAUAAAGAGAAGACUUUAACCAGAAAUAUAGAAUUAAAACAUUCUGUACGUACUGUAUAUCUGUAUGACUUUACCAUUACAAAUGACUGUGUAUAUUAUUAAUCAUUAUGGUUUCCCUUCUUGCCAGACAACGAUACCCUGGGAGUCCUGUCGGAUUACCCCUCAGCAGACGUCAGUGAUACCCUGGUAGUCCUGUCGGACUACCCCUCAGCAGACGUCAGUGAUACCCUGGGAGUCCUGUCUGACUACCCCUCAGCAGACGUCAGUGAUACCCUGGGAGUCCUGUCGGACUACCCCUCAGCAGACGUCAGUGAUACCCUGGUAGUCCUGUCGGACUACCCCUCAGCAGACGUCAGUGAUACCCUGGUAGUCCUGUCUGACUACCCCUCAGCAGACGUCAGUGAUACCCUGGGAGUCCUGUCGGACUACCCCUCAGCAGACGUCAGUGAUACCCUGGUAGUCCUGUCGGACUACCCCUCAGCAGACGUCAGUGUGCCUCUCUUCAGGAUAGGAGAGAGACUGAGACUCCUGGCAGAGUGAGUGACUGAACCCAACUGAAUCUAAGGACUGUGUCCCAAAUGGCACCCCUAUUCCCUAUAUAGUGCACUACUUUUGACCAGAGCCCUUUUGGGAAUAGAGUGCAAUGGGCCCUGGUCAAAAGUAGUGCACUAUAUAGGGACUAGGGGGCAAUUUGGGACGCAGGCCUAGUCCUCCACAUUCAGUACCUCAACACAACACUACCUCUUCUUAGAGCUGAUCUGUUUGACUAGACUGACAGAGAAGGGAUCAAAUCUGGCCAAUUCUUUUGACCAGAGCCCUAUUGGCCUAUAGUGAACUAAAUGCUAUUUGGGACUCACUCUCCUUCCUUCUUGUCUUCUGUCAGGGAGGGUUACUGGUGGAGGGUUUGUUCUGUCCAAACAGGAUAUGAGAACUACAUCCCCAACAACCAUGUGGCCAAGGUCUAUCACGGGUGGGUGAACUCACUGCAACACUAACCUACCUGACACUUUCCUGGUCCAGUGCCAUGUCAUCUGCCUGCUACAUAUACUAACCUGACACUUUCCUGGUCCAGUGCCAUGUAAUCUGCCUGCUACAUAUACUAACCUGACACUUUCCUGGUCCAGUGCCAUGUCAUCCGCCUGCUACAUAUACUAACCUGACACUUUCCUGGUCCAGUGCCAUGUCAUCUGCCUGCUACAUAUACUAACCUGACACUUUCCUGGUCAUGCCAUGUCAUCUGCCUGCUACAUUACUAACCUGACACUUUCCUGGUCCAGUGCCAUGUCAUCUGCCUGCUACAUAUACUACCUGACACUUUCCUGGUCCAGUGCCCAUGUCAUCCGCCUGCUACAAUAUACUAACCCUGACACUUUCCUGGUCCAGUGCCAUGUCAUCGGCCUGCUACAUAAUACUAACCUGAACACUUUUCCUGGUCCCAGUGCCAUGUCAUCCCGCAUGCCUUACAGUAUAGCUAACCUGCCACUUUCCUGGUCCAGUUGCCAUGUACUCUGCCUGGCUACAUAUACUAACCUGAACACUUUCCUAGUCAGUGCCCAUGUAUCUAUCUGCCUUUAAGGCAUAAAAGUGACCUAACGGACGAUAAUGCUCUUAAUGCUUGGUAUUUCUGAAAAGGUACAAGGCUAUCACAAAGGUUAUUCAAAUGGCUAGUGAUAUGUUUUAAUCUUUAUUUCACAGCUGUUGUUUUAGGGGAGGUUCUAAGCAUUAAGGCAUGCUUGAUGAUAAUGGUUGAACUUUAAUCUUAUUCAUUUAGCUGGUUGUUUGAAGGGGUGGCCCGACCCAAAGCAGAGGAACUGCUUCGUCUGCCCGGAAACAGAGCUGGCUCCUUCAUGAUAAGAGAAAGUCAAAAAGGUGAGUGGCCUAGAGAUGUCUGCACAGUAACUUAAAUGGAUCUUAGGUGGUCCUGUGGUGGUCCUGCGUGGCUCCGUUUGUAGGGCAUUGUACUUGCAACGCGAGGUUUGUGGGUAUGCAAGCACUACUGUAAAUCACUUUGGAUAAAGGUGACCGCUAAAUGGCGUAAAUAAAUGGUAUAUAUAUAAAAGUUGGUGUUAUAAAGCCUUUCGUCUAAACUAGACUACAGGGCUGCCAAUACAUUUUCUCACGUCAACUACUAAAAUGAUCAACCAAAAUCAACCCACUUUAUACGGAUUCAAUGAUGUAUUGUUUUUCUUUGACUGGGUGGUGUUGUAGGUGUGUAUACCCUGUCUGUACGUCACAGGGCUAUGGUACACUAUCGCAUCAUCCGCCUUCCCAACAACUGGUACUACAUCUCACCUGGUCUGACCUUCCAGUGUCUGGAGGACCUUGUCAACCACUACUCUGGUAAAUAACAAUCCAUGGGGACAUAAUCGUGGAUAUUUAGUCCAAAUCUAUUCAUCGGUGUCCUUGAAAAACCUUGUUUCUCACUUUUUUGUAGAUUAAAAAAAAAAAUACAUAAAUUGAAAGUAGUCAUCCCCCUCCAUGAUCUGUGAAAGGUUCAUGAUUAUAGUAGUCAUCCCCCUCCAUGAUCUGUGAAAGGUUCAUGAUUAAAGUAGUCAUCCCCCUCCAUGAUCUGUGAAAGGUUCAUGAUUAUAGUAGUCAUCCCCCUCCAUGAUCUGUGAAAGGUUCAUGAUUAAAGCAGUCAUCCCCCUCCAUGAUCUGUGAAAGGUUCAUGAUUAAAGGCAAUAUGUCUGGCAAUAGUCAUAUCUGAAAAUACAUUUCUUUUUUUCCCCUUUUCUUUUUAAAAAAUAGGUUUUUCCAGGACGCUAACAUAUCUGAUGAAUAUUACAUUCUGACAUUAAAGCCAUACACAUGUAGACUCUAUGGAAACUAUUUAUAGGAAAGAUAAGCUGACAAGUACAGCAUUAUUAUAAGGGCUGGAACCAUUCAUUAUUUUAGAACUCAUGACACCACUGGUAUGGUAGUUAUUACUUUCUAACGUGGAAUUAUUGACUCUUUCAAGCCACACCAACUCCAAUGCACUGUAAUGCUAUGCUAUAUUCAGUAACUAAGUGGAGUCAUAAGAGCUGUCGACUGUAGUGGAAGUACAUUUGUGAAGUAGGCUAUUUUGUGGAUGUGGAAGACAUUCAAUUCUAGUGCUCUCCUUGUGCCAUUAAUGUGUCCUUGUACAUUUACAUUUUAGUCACUGUUUAUGGUAGCUAACUGGUUAUAACCACAGGAUAGCUGUGUAUGGUUUCUGGUAAAGAAAGUGGCCCCUCCUCUUUGACAGAUUGUGCAGAUGGCCUGUGCUGUCUCCUCACCACCCCCUGUCAGGCUGUAACCAAUGGCAACCUCAACCUGGCCUCCCAGGCGCCCCAUGUGGUGAUGCACAACAAUUUUGACUGGAAAGAUGUCAACAGGUACCUCUUCCUCUAACGUUUACCUCUCUUUCCCUCUCUCUGCAUCUUCAUCCCUCUCACCUUCAUCCCUCUCUCCAACCUUCAUCCCUCUCUCUAACCUUCAUCUCUCUCUCUCCAACCUUCAUCUCUCUCUCUCCAACCUUCAUCUCUCUCUCUCCAACUUUCAUCCCACUUUCUCCACUUUCAUCCCUCUCUCUCCAACCUUCAUCCCUCUCCAACCUUCAUCCCUCUCCAACCUUCAUCCCUCUCCAAACUUCAUCCCUCUCCAACCUUCAUCCCUCUCUCUCCAACUUUCAUCCCUCUUUCUCCACUUUCAUCCCUCUCUCUUCAACCUUCAUCCCUCUCCAACCUUCAUCCCUCUCCAACCUUCAUCCCUCUCCAACCUUCAUCCCUCUCCAACCUUCAUCCCUCUCCAACCUUCAUCCCUCUCUCACACUUUCAUCCCUCGCUCGCCAACCUUUAUCCCUCUCUCUUCAAUCUUCAGCUCUCUCUCCAACUUUCAGCUCUCUCUCUCCACCUUCAUCUCUCUCUCUCCACCUUCAUCUCUCUCUCUCCACCUUCAUCCCUCUCUCUCCACUUUCAUCCCUCUCUCUCUACCUUCAUCCCUCUCUCUCCACCUUCAUCCCUCUCUCUCUACCUUCAUCCCUCUCUCCAAUCUUUAUCCCUCUCUCUCCACCUUCAUCUCUCUUCUCACCUUCAUCCCUCUCUCUCUACCUUCAUCCCUCUCUCCAACCUUCAUCCCUCUCUCCCUCCAACCUUAAUUUCUCUGUCUCCAAACUUCAUCCCUCUCUCUCCAACCUUGUUUCUCUCCAUCCAAUGGUUAACACCUUCAUCCCUCUCUCUCCAACCUUCAUCUCUCUGUCUCCAAAUUUCAUCCCUCUCUCUCCAACCUUGUUUCUCUCCAUCCAUCUGUAUCUGUCACCACCCCUCUCUGGGAGUUUCAUGGAUUCUGACAAUUACAUAUGGUUUGAGCUUAGUUUGGAGUUUAGCUUUCAAUGUACUUUAUCAGGGAUAGAUAACAGGCUAACUCCAUAUACUAACGCUGCAUCACAUCUAUUCUAACCCCAGCUCGGAGCUGACAGACCAGCCUCAUCGUUACCCUGGCAACAGAGACUCUAUGCUCAGCUUUGGCUUGCGGAACACAGUCUCCUCCUACAUGUCUCUGGGGGACAUGAGGAAGGAGAGGAAGAUGAGCAGCUGGAGGAGGAGGAAGACGAGGAACACUGUGUGUGUGCCUCCCGGUCACGGACUCAGCACUACAGCACUGGAAGAGGAGGGGGAGUACGCACAAGCCAUCCAUCUGAACUCUUAA